CUCUGCGAUACAAGUAGCACUCAGUAUCGUGAAUUGUGACAAGUGGAGUGGUCGCUGUUCGCACGCGUGUUCCGGAAAAAUUUACGGACAAGAUGCCAAUGGAUGGGGAAGAGUUUCCUCUCGAAGAGGAGUACAAAAAGGACACUGGUAUAAAAGAAGAUGACAUCAAGGAUUUGCGACGCUGGCUGAGGACUCAGCCACAUUUGCCUGAGAAAUAUAUCACAGACCUGGAUCUGAUCUUGGCGUACCACGCCUGUGACCGCAGCUCCAGCGUUACCAAGGAUGUGUUGGACCUACACUACACCCUCAAGACGCUCUUCACACCCUACUUCAAGGACAGGACCCUCGACGAUAGCGUUCAACAGACGCUGAAAACUGUAUUGAUGACUACGCUGCCGAUGCGAACCAAAGAAGGCUAUGUUAUAUUCUAUACGCAUCUUCUUAAUUACGAUGCCAAAUAUUUUAACUACGGAGAGGCUGUUAAGGCGGUGAUUAUGGUGUUAGAUGCGUCUCAACACGAACAGGGCACGUGGCCAGGCAUGCUGCUUGCUAUAGAUUUUGAGGGUCUGACAUUACGACACAUGACUAAAAUUGAUCUUCAAAAUUUGCAAAGAUUUCUAUACUUUUUACAGGAAGCCAUCCUGGUGAAAGUAAAAGGGCUCCACUUCCUAAACGCGCCCCCAUUUAUCGACAAAUUGCUGAUGAUGGCCAAGCCGUUCUUGAAGAAGGAGUUAAUGGACAUGCUCGGGUUUCAUGUAACCGGCUCCAAAGAAGUUGAGAACAUUCUACCGAUAGAGGCAUUGCCUAAAGACUUUGGCGGUAGUUAUAAGACCUCAGAGGAAUGCGCAGAAGACGUGGUGAAUCUCUUACGUCGUAACGAGCAGUAUUUCGCGGAAGACGGCAAAAAGCGCGUGACAGAGUCCCUGCGGCCCGGCAAGCCCCCCGCCCUCGGGAACAUGUUCAGUGGCCUGGAGGGCUCCUUCAAGAAACUGGAUAUUGACUGACAUCGAAUGCUCCAUAGGCGGUGCAAUACCUAUCUCACUUACCAGGGUUGGCCUGAUAUAGAAUUUACCGCACUUACAAUGAAGUAACUACAAUUUUAUUUAUUUUUUGAACAAUUUUUAGUUUAUUUUAUACUUUUAUUAUACUCCAAGCGCUGGUGAUUGUUAUAAAGAAGAAUUAUAAGAAAUUAAGUAAAAUAAAUUUUGUUUUUAUUU